UAAAUCUGGACACUUCAGUCCAACCAUAAAACUGCCAUCAACAAAAGACAUCAAUUGGAUUCGAGUGCGUCUCUGUGUCUCUGACCAUGGUUGGGCUGAAGCCAUCUGAUGUUCCUCCACCCCUGGGAGUGAAGGUGUUGAGUGCUGGAGCUGCUGCCUGCAUCGCUGACCUAGUCACCUUCCCUCUGGACACCGCCAAAGUGCGGUUACAGAUCCAGGGUGAGAAUGCAGUGACAGGGGUCGCCCAGGGGAUCCGUUACCGGGGAGUGUUCGGGACCAUCAGUACCAUGGUGCAGACGGAGGGUCCGCGGGCGCUGUACAAUGGCCUGGUAGCAGGUCUGCAAAGACAGAUGGCCUUCGCAUCCAUACGCAUCGGUCUCUAUGACACCGUCAAGAGUUUCUACACAAGAGGCAAAGACAACCCCAAUGUGGGGAUCCGGAUCCUGGCAGGCUGCACCACCGGGGCCAUGGCUGUCUCCAUCGCCCAGCCAACAGACGUGGUGAAGGUUCGCUUCCAAGCCCAGAUGAACCUCCAGGGAGUGGCCCGUCGGUACAAUGGCACCAUGCAAGCUUACAGACAGAUUUUCCACCAGGAGGGACUGCGAGGCCUGUGGAAAGGAACGCUACCCAACAUCACCAGGAAUGCGUUGGUCAAUUGCACAGAGCUGGUCUCAUAUGACCUCAUCAAAGAAGCCAUCCUAAGACACAGGCUGAUGUCAGACAACCUGCCUUGCCACUUCGUGUCUGCGUUUGGUGCUGGAUUUAUCACUACGGUGAUAGCCUCCCCAGUGGAUGUGGUGAAGACGCGCUACAUGAACUCUCCCCCCGGCCAGUACAGCAGCGCCAUCAACUGCGCGUGGACUAUGCUGACGAAGGAAGGACCCACUGCCUUCUACAAAGGGUUUGUGCCUUCAUUUCUCAGACUGGGCUCCUGGAAUGUUGUCAUGUUUGUGUCAUUCGAGCAGUUAAAGAGGGCCAUGAUGAUAUCCAGAAAGAACAUGGAAGUCACCAUGUAGAAGAGAUGAAAAAAAAAAAAAAAUUAUGAAUCCAAAGACUCAGGGAAGGUAGUCUGGUGCAGAACUGAAAGAAAACCAAAGAAAAUAUAAACCCUAGAGCUCCACGUCAUCUUUUGAUAUGUAAGAAACACAACGUCACAUUGCAAGUUCCCCUAGAGCUCUGAGGAACAGGGCUCAAGAUGCAUUCUGGAAAGUGUUCGACUGCUGUUGGCCACAGCUGGCACGUACAGAAUGACUGUGAUCCAUUUUAAUGUAUAUAGUCACUUUUUCAAAUAACUUUUAUAAGGUGCUAUUAUUAUUUUUGUAAUAAUUGAUGCUAAUUAACCCUUUGUUUAAAAAGGGACUCCUUUACCAGGGGAAAAACAUUUGCCUUUUUUCAUAAUUUAUUUUGAGCUUGUCUGUGUAUUGUAUGUGCAAGAGGGAUCAAUGUCCAAGGAUAAAUCCAGCAAUGACGUCCAUUUCUGACAAUGACGUCCAAAGGGCCAUUUCAAAAAUAAAUAUUUAAGUUAAGCUCACUCACUGCUUACAGCUGAUUCACUCAACUUGUCCAUCAAUCCAAAAAAAAAAAAAAAGGAAAUAUUUACCACUCAUUUAAUUUAUUAACAUUAAUGAUUUAUCCAAUUGUACAAAGCAUAUUAAGAGUGUGACUGGAACUACAAAACUGUCCUCCACAGCUGUAAAAUAAGACAGGACACAAAUCCUAUGGCAGGACAGAACCAGAUUCCUGGACUUCACACAAUUACCAGUACUUCACCGUUAAUAUUACUAUCUACAUACUAACACUGAGUACAUGAUCCAAUUACUUCUGUUAUGAGGCAAGCACCUGCUUAAAGUGUACCACAGGAGUAAAUUUAUUAACAAUUGGAACGCAUUAAAACAUGCAAAAAAAAUUCAAAUUGUCUAUGUGCAAUGACAAUUUAGCUUAAGUUAAAAAAAAAAAA